UCCCCCGCCACCAGCUAGCCAACCAGCCAGCCAGCCAACAAGCCAUGGCUGUAGCGCGCACUACCCCAGCCACCUGCAAGAUUGCGGUGCGCGCAGCGGCAAACAGCCUGCUUGCUAGCAUCUCGCCUGUCGACAUCGCCAGCGAGUCUGCCGACGUGGCGGCCCGAGUCCUUGCCCACCCUGCCUACGCUGGUGCCACCUCGGUUGCCAUGUAUGUCUCGAUGGAACGUGAGCUGGACAUCAGCGCUGUGGCUCGCGACGCCUUUGCAAGUGGCAAGAGAGUCUAUCUUCCUCGGAUGGUCGGCAAGGGCAAGCCGUUACAGAUGGCUGCUGUCGAUGGCUGGGACGAGUUCUGCAAUCUCCCGGAGACUGUGUGGGGCAUUCCCCAGCCCGGUCCCGACGCGCCUGUCGCCGACCACGUCGAUCUUGUCCUUGUCCCUGGUCUUGUCUUUGAUCCUCUCGCCCUCACCCGCUGCGGCCGCGGUGCCGGCUACUACGAUCGCACCCUCUCGGGCAUGGCUGCUGCUGCCGCCACUUCUGACGCACCGCCACCGUUCAAGCUCGCAGUUGGUCUCUCCUGUGCCGCAUGGGCGGUCGUCCAGCGCGCCCUUGCAUCAUCCGAUGGCACCCCCGUUCCUGAUGCCCUUCCCAUCACCGAGUACGAUGUUCUGAUGGACGACGUCUACACUUUGGUCAAGCCAGUGGUGCUCAACAUCAAUGGCCUCCACCCAGCGCUUCCGCUGCUCGACAUGGCCAAGUCGCUCACCAUCCCGUACCUCUUCCGGCUCAAGGCACAGAAGCAGUCGUGGGUCCAGCAGCUAGUGGCGAUCGUGCUCUGCUGCUUGGGAGGCACCACGUUAACUGGAAUCCUUCUCGGUCAACCGCCAUCGUGGGUCUGCUCGCUCAACACCUUCCCCACCUACGUCCUCGGCUACCUGCUGGUCAACGCGGCGCCCGGCGACCUGGUCUGGCGUCUGCUCCAGUUUGCCCCGCUCCACGAAGCGCUUCUGUUGGUGGAUGCCUUUGCCUGGGGCACCGCCAUCACCUCGUGGGGCGUCGACAAGGCUAUCGCUGCCGAUCACGCCAUGGUCGCCUCCUCACCCUGGGCCGCCCUCCUCUGUGGCAUCCUCUCCGGCACCGGCGGCGGCAUCCUCAACGAGUCCUUCCACCUCAUGCACUCCAAGUGGCACUUUUCCACCCCGGACUCGCUCGCCGUCCCCUCCUUUGCCAUCCGUGUCGCCAUGAUCGCAUCGCCGGCCUACUACCUCCUGCACAAUCCGCACAACUACUCGUGGCUCCCCACCAUCCUCUCCCGCGACGACGCCAAGAUGCUCAUCAUCAUCACCAUCGCCCUCCUCGCCCUCUCCAAGAACUGGUUCUGGGGCCAGAUCGCCGACGAGUCUGCCGACAACAAGUCCAACCCCAAGUCCAAGUCAAAGGCCGAGUAG